GCUUUCAUUCACGCUCUGCAGCAAUUCACUUCCUUCCCCUCAAUUCAAGAUUCAGUUUCAGUUUUCAAUUCUCUCUAUUUUCACUCUCACGGUGGCCAACCGUUACGGUUAUGGCGGCCACCUCUGAAUCCAUCAACGAAAACACCUUUUCUCUUCCGGUUAUUGACCUCCGUCUUAUCUCUCAACCCGAACUAUUCACUAUCUCCCUUUCUCACGAUACCGCUCGUAACCGUCGCAUCGACGACGAUACCGUUAUCCCUAAAAUCGACCGUUCCGUUUUUAAUGAGUCCGCCGGUAGUCGAAAACAAACGUUCUCUCGUCUCCGACUCCGUGAUAACAACAAACAAUACUCUUCCGUUCCCGUAACCGUUCCCGUUCCCGCUCCUGUUUCCGUUUCUUCGUCCUCUUCCUCUCACAUUCCCGCCGACGAAGAGAAUUCUCGAAUAAUCGAUCUUCUUCAACAGCUAUUCGGCGUUGAAGGCCUUCGUGGCGCCAAUGAUGAUCGGCUCGUUCCGGUUCCGGUUGAAUUUAAACAACCGGAUAUUGAAUUAACGCCUCUAUUUGCUCAGGAAGCUACAAUCGAAGGUGUUGAUGGCAGCCAGAAGAAACGGAAGCGCGGGCGGCCGCGCAGAAGCGAGACUCCGGUGCCGAUGGCAAGUGUAGUCGUUGGUAAGGUUAAGGAAAAUGCGGUGGAAACGGUGGAAGAAAUGGCGGUGGAAAGUGUUAAUAAGAAGAAUGUGGAAAAUUUUGAGGAGAAGAAGGGUUUUGUUUUGGAUGAUGUUGGAGAUCCGUUUGUUGAGGAAUUGAUAGGGAGGACACAGGGGAUGAAUACGGAGCCUCAGUUGUUGGAGUUUUUGGAGGGUUUGAAUGGUGUUUGGGGGAGUGAUAGGAAGAAGAGGAGGAUUGUUGAUGCUAAUGCUCUCUGUGAUUUGUUGCCAACUGGUUGGAAGCUUGUGCUUACUCUUAUGAGGAGGGGGACUCGUGCUUAUGUGGUUUGUCGCCGUUACGUAAGCCCUGAUGGACGUCCUUUUGAGUCAUACAAAGACGCUUCUUUGUCCAGUGUUCAAGAUGCCUCUUUGUCUAGUGUUCAAGACACUUAUUUGUCCGGUGUUCAAGACAUAAGCCACUUAAAUGGUAGUCAUCAGCUUUCCAGUAAUACCAAUAUGGCACCUCAAAGUCAGAGUGUUGGUCACGCCCCUACAGGCGGCUUGGAGAUUAAUGCCCAUGCAAGUUCUCAUCAUGAGAAGCAUGCCACCAUAUCAUCAUCAAUUGGAACUGAAAAGCUGGACACUUUUGAUGCGAAUUUCAAUAGUAGCCUUGCUCUGGAUUGUAAAUUAGGAGAUACAAGUGGAGCCAUCAAAGUCUCUGACCAUCAAGUGGAUGAUAAGCAACCACUGAAGGCGGAUAAGAAUGUACGUAAUGCAGAGUUGGUUGGUGCUAGGGAUGCUGCAUGCAAUCUAUAUAUUCCUUCGGUUUUCACAGCUCCUAUCUCCAAUAAUAGUUGUGGUAUUGAUAAUUUUUCUGAAGGAAGUGCUGUGACAUGCAUAAAAGGUGGCGUUGGUAUUUUUGAUAGCCAGGAUAAAAGUACUGGUCAUGACACUGUACCCUAUGGAAAUGAGCGAGUACAUGUUGGUGCCAAUGGGAUCGGGCAUUCCGUCUCAUUAGUGGAAGACCACAUUCCGAAAAUAGGUUCUGAAGGGAAAGUAGUUCUUGGUAGCAAUUUAGAGGAUAUACAUUCUAUCAGCUCACUGGCGGAUAUUGAGAAAAAUGAUGGAAAGCUAGUUAAGGAUGACAGUCAACAAAUUGUUUCUGCUGAGGGAAAUUUCUUUUAUAAUGAUUUACCUAACUCAUCCAUUAAUGAGAGAAUGUGGGAUCACAGUGAAUACAUUAGUAAUAAUUCUUUUAAUGCUUGGCCACAAGAUGCAUCUGAGUCUUGUGGAGUUGAUUUUACUCCCAAUCUUUAUGUAGCUAACGAUGUUAGUGAUAAUCAUGUUCUUCCAAUGGAUGAAGUUGCGACAAGCUGUUUACAGAAAAAGAGUAACAUGAAUGAUCAAACUUGCACAAUGGACAAUAUGUUGCACAGAAGUUCUGAAAGUAACAUAUUUACUUCAACUGGGAAUCAGCACCCUUCUGCUUUUCAUGAUAAUAUGAAUAACAUCUCAGGCGGAACCUUUGGUCCACUCAAACAUGUUGAUGCUGGUUGCAUGAAACCUCAGUUAGGCAUUGUUUCUGGCAGUGAUGUUGCAAUAAAUGCAUAUGCAUCUCCUAGAGUCAUGCAGGGGAAAUCACAAUCUGUUCCUACUGGUGGAAGUAUGUUAAACCAGUUUGACAAGCCAAAUGAUGGUGUUAAUAAAGAAAAUAAAUCUUGCUUAUCUGAAAUGGCUAAGAGUGAAAAUGAAAUAUUCCAAACUGACUCUAUGGAUAUGCCCAAAUUCCGGUAGCAGCCAAAUAGAUUCAGAUUUGGUGAGAAAUGCAAUGCAUGAAACAAUUUCAAAAUAAAACAUGUAUGGAAGUUUGCAGAGUGCCCUGGUAACCAUAAGGCUGCUUGUAUAUUCUCAAUUUCCUUUUCAAGAUGAUAGGAUAGAAAAGACAUGCUUGAAGGCAACACAAUUUUGUUAAUAUAUAUUCAGCUGAUCGUGCUGGUGGCUUCUCAAUUCCAGAGGUUACUGUGCAGGUUCUGGUGUGACGAUUCUCUUGUUCUUGCCAGAGCUCAGAUGCCUCCUUUUUUUUUUUUUUUUUUGUAUUUUACAAUUAAAAGAAAACUUUAGGUCCAUUUUAGUUCAGAACAUUCUUUUUAUAUGGUAUACCCAUACAUUGAAUUUUUGGUUUGUCCUUCAAAUGAAGAAAGAACUAUUUUUUCCCCCUAAUUUCAAAAUUGGAAAGUCAUACCAGGUGUUGAUUUUCGCCUUUGACGUGAAUCUGCCUGUUUGCACUAUCGUCAUUGA